AGAGGUCUUGUCCUGGGUGCUUACACUGAGAACAAAUGCAUUGAGCUGACACCUGCUGCCAGGCAGUUUGAUGAGAAGACUGCUGGGAAGCUGACAAAGAAUCUUCAACUGUUAUAAAAUAAACGUACAAACCAAAACCGAAAAAAACAAAAUGUCAUCGAUGCGCGAUGGCCGCAGUUCAUCCGCGUCAUCACACAGUGGGCGGGGCGAUCAAAACAACGUUCCGAAUCGUUCCUCGUCCAUACGAACGCCGAAACGUCAACGCCCAACGCCAUCUAACUCCCUGGAAGACAAACAACUCGAACUGGCAUGUCCUGUUUGUCUUGACAUCAUCGAUGAGGCGCAUAUAACAAAAUGCGGACAUACAUUUUGCUAUGCGUGUAUUGUGCGCAGCAUCGAUAUGCUGCAGUCGUGCCCGCGUUGCAAUGCUCCACUAACAAUGGACCAAAUCUUCCCCAACUUUCUCCUCAACGAACUGGUCGUCAAGUACAAACUGCGUCGCAACUGCCUCGACGCGAUCGGCAGCGUCGAACAAGAUGGCGCUGACGGCCUGCGCAACUUCGUCGCUAGCGAAAGUGGUAACCUAACUUUGACGGACGUGAAUGUCAUGUUAGAAGUACUCACGCAACGCAAGCAACUGCUCGAAGCCGAAUCAUGCGCAGCGCAGAAUAAACUCCUGCUCGAAUUUCUCAAACACCUCCGUCAGAAAAAGAACGACGAAAAACAACAGAUAACAAAAGAACUUACAUUAAUCGAGGAGGAUAUCGAAGAAGUCGAGAAUAAACUUAAAGAAGUACACAGUAAAUGUCCAACUCUCGAAGAUGUCGAACGAACGGUCGCGUCGGCGGCGAGUUUAACCGAAGGCAAUGAAAACGUCACUGCCAUGCGUCAAGAGAUGAUGGAUUUAAUCGGCAACAUUGGCAGCACUGUCGCUGUCACCGGUACAACCACGCCGACAGCGCUCGCGGCAGCGCAGCAGCCAUCACAUGAAAUAUCCGCACCGAAAAUCGAAAAUAAACUGUCAUCGUUGGCAACGCGCAGGCGCAGAAUGCACGCACACUUUGACGACUUUGUCCAGUGUUAUUUCCAAUCACGUGGGAAAGAUUUAUACUUCCCGCAGGAAAAUCGCAUUGAAGAACCACGCCAACAUGGCGGACUCGAUGAAUUCCGCGAAGAUUUAGUCAAAUUCUCACGGUAUUCAUCCGUGCGCGCCAUUGCAACCAUCCAAUUCGCCAGUGACGUCUUCAACAACUCCACCAUUGUCUCCUCGAUUGAAUUCGACAAGGAUAAUGAGUAUUUAGCCAUCGCAGGCGUUACAAAACGUAUAAAAAUCUUCGAAUACGGUACUGUAGCUCGUGACGUAGUCAAUAUUCAUUAUCCCUGCAUUGAAAUGGUGUCCAACUCGAAGAUAUCUUCGGUUUCAUGGAAUAGUUACAAUAAAAACACACUGGCUUCGUCUGAUUACGAAGGCACCGUCACGAUUUGGGACGUCGGGACUGGCCAACGCACAAAAACUUACCACGAGCAUGAAAAACGUUGCUGGAGCGUUGACUUUUCCGAGUCGGAUCCGCGUUUGGUCGCUUCGGGUUCCGAUGAUGCACGAGUCAAGUUAUACAACAUGAAUGUCGACCAUUCGGUGGCGACGCUCGAGGCACGCGCGAAUAUUUGCUGUGUGAAAUUCAACCCGAAGAGCAGUUUUCACCUGGCGUUUGGUUCCGCUGAUCACUGCGUGCACUACUACGAUCUGCGUAACCUCAAAGAAGCGCUAUGUUUAUUCAAAGGUCACAAAAAAGCCGUGAGUUACGUCAAGUUCCUCAAUGGCGAGCACAUUGUCAGCGCAUCGACGGACUCGCAGCUGCGCAUGUGGAAUGUCAACGCGCCAUAUUGUCUGCGGUCGUUCCUCGGUCACGUGAACGAGAAAAACUUUGUCGGAUUGGCCACAGAUGGCGAUUACAUCGCGUGCGGAUCCGAGAACAACGCGCUCUAUGUGUAUUACAAGGGAUUAACUAAGAAAUUAUUUAAGUAUAAGUUUGAUGGACCGCGCGGUAUUCUAGAAGAGGAAGAGAGACGCGAAGAUGAUCCGAACGAGUUCGUGUCGGCCGUGUGCUGGAAGCCGAAUUCGAAUAUUUUACUCGCCGCGAACAGUCAGGGCACGAUCAAUGUGCUCGAGCUGGUUUAAACAAAUUGAAAUCUUAUACGAACCGAGUUGUGAACGUUGUGUUGUUAGGACAAUCAAUUGAUUUGUAGGUUAUAUGAACACGCGUACUUACUAAGAGAUGUCAAAUAUGUCAAAUGUCAGCGCUUUGUGUAUCUCCCGUCAUAACCUUAACAUAACCCGAAGUUACACGAACAAGCUGUGCAAUUGUUUUCGUUUUUGACUAGACUAGAGUUGAGAUUCAAACAAAAUAAAAAGAAAAACGUAAUCUAAGUGUUCUGCGAGCGCCGCGGUGGUGAGAAGUCGUACCUUAUUAGUUGUUUAUGCGCAAAAAGUUUAUCCGACGAAAAUCGAACGAAAUCAAACAAAAAAUGAAAAAAAUAAGAUGAGAAACGUUAAAAUAUUUUUAGAUAGAUGUUUUUUGUCACAUAUAUAAUUAUAUAUUCGAGCGUUUUUCAAUGUGAUUAUGUAAUCGAAAUAUUUACAAACAAAAAAUGAUUUGCCAAGCAAAAAAAAUAUGAAUAUUUACACUCAAUGUUGAUAAUAUGUUAUAAUACUAUUAAUGUACCCAGAAGAUGUGUACUCACUGAAUAUUCCAACGUGUUUGAUGCCAACUUUAACUGAAUGAACAUAUUUAGCAAUAAAAUUAACCUAACCUUCAAA